AUGACGAAGCCAUCCUCAGAAAAUGAAGAACCCGGGAUUGUAUACAAAGUGGCAGGUUCACUGGUUAUUGCUGAAAAUAUGAGCGGUACGAGAAUGUAUGAGCUAGCCAAAGUCGGAUGGAAUAAAUUGGUUGGAGAAAUUAUACGAUUAGAGGGCAAUUAUGCAUAUAUACAAGUUUACGAAGACACAUCUGGACUAUCAGUUGGAGACCCUGUAACAAAAACAGGAAAUGCCUUAUCAGUAGAAUUAGGACCAGGAAUAUUAGAUAAUAUAUAUGAUGGAAUCCAAAGACCUUUAGAAAGAAUUGCAAAUGUAUGUGGUGAUGUUUAUAUUUUUAAGGGAAUAGAUAUGACAUCCCUAGAUCAUGAUAAAACAUGGCAAUUUUAUGCAGAUAAAAAAGUGAAAAUAAAUGAUAUAAUAACAGGUGGAGAUAUAUUUGGAUAUGUAGAUGAAAAUAAAUUGUUUAAAGAACAUAAAAUUAUGGCAGCGCCAAAUGCAAAAGGCCGAGUUACAUAUAUUGCACCAGAUGGAUCAUACACAUUGAAGGAUAAAAUAUUUGAAUUAGAAUACCAGGGAAAGAAAUAUACGUAUGGAUUGUCACAUCUGUGGCCAGUUAGAGACCCAAGACCAGUUUUAGAAAAAGUAACGGGUGACACAUUGUUAUUAACAGGACAGAGAGUCUUAGAUUCUUUAUUCCCGACCGUGUUAGGAGGUACUUGUGCCAUUCCUGGUGCAUUUGGAUGUGGAAAAACAUGUGUAUCUCAGGCUUUAUCAAAAUAUUCAAAUAGUGAAGUAAUUAUUUAUGUAGGGUGUGGAGAGAGAGGAAAUGAAAUGGCUGAAAUUUUAUCAGAUUUUCCAGAAUUAACAACAAAGGUGGAUAAUGAAGAUGUUGGUAUUAUGCAAAGAACAUGCCUAGUGGCAAAUACAUCCAACAUGCCUGUUGCAGCAAGGGAAGCAAGUAUAUAUACAGGUAUAACACUGUGUGAAUAUUUUCGUGAUAUGGGAUAUAAUGCUACUAUGAUGGCUGAUAGUACUAGUAGAUGGGCUGAAGCUUUAAGAGAAAUUUCUGGACGUUUAGCAGAAAUGCCAGCUGAUAGUGGAUAUCCUGCUUACUUAGGUGCUAGAUUAGCUUCUUUUUAUGAACGUGCAGGUAAAGUGAAAUGCAUUGGAUCUCCAUCUCGUACGGGUUCUAUCACUAUUGUAGGUGCUGUUUCUCCACCAGGAGGAGACUUCUCUGAUCCAGUAACAACAGCAACCAUGUCUAUCGUACAAGCAUUUUGGGGAUUAGAUAAAAAAUUAGCCCAGAGAAAACAUUUUCCAUCAGUUAAUUGGUCAACUUCUUUUUCUAAAUAUGUAAGGCAAUUAGAACAAUAUUUUGAUAAUUUUGAUCAAGAUUUCUUAUCAUUGAGACAAAAAAUAAGUGAUAUAUUACAACAAGAAAGUGAUUUAAAUGACAUAGUUCAGCUGGUUGGAAAAGAUUCCCUAUCAGAAGAUCAAAAAGUAGUAAUGGAAGUUGCCAAAAUUAUAAGAGAAGAUUUUCUUCAACAAAAUGCAUUUAGUGAUUAUGACUAUAUGUGCCCUUUACAAAAAACAGUUGGUAUGAUGAAAAUCAUAUGCCAUUUUUAUGCUCAGUGCUUGAGGACAUUACAAGAAUAUGACUCACGAGAGAGGAAAAUUGGCUGGGGCUCUAUUUAUAAUACCUUAAGGCCAACCAUAAAUAAGAUUACACAUAUGAAAUUUGAAUCCCCAAAAAACUCAGAUGAAUAUUUUAAGAAGUAUUUCAAGGCCUUGGAGGAAGAAAUAACGGUUGGCCUUCGAAAUCUGGUUGAGAAGUGA